UGUCUGCUAUGUUAGCUCACCUCUGGCAAAACAACAACUCCCCUCGAUUUGUUUCCUUAUUCGCUGCGCAAACACCGACAAACAGAGCGAGUAAAAUGUUAGAAUAACCAAAGCGUAUAUUUUUGGUUAGCGUUAUUAUCGUUUUGGCGUUAGUCUAGGCUGAAGACAGAGGUAAUCGGAGCUGCCGACGCACCAUUAUUUGUUAGCUAAUUGUAGCUAACAUCGGGCGACCCAGCGGAGAAAGCAGAGAUGGGGUCCAUCCUAAGUCGCAGGAUCGCUGGUGUUGAGGACAUCGAUAUUCAAGCCAACUCGGCUUAUCGAUUUCCACCGAAAUCUGGGAAUUAUUUUGCAAGCCACUUUUUCAUGGGAGGAGAGAAAUUUGACACACCGCAUCCAGAGGGAUACCUUUUUGGGGAAAACAUGGACCUGAAUUUUCUUGGAAAUAGACCAGUGCAGUUUCCAUAUGUAACACCUGCGCCUCACGAGCCUGUGAAAACCUUGAGGAGCCUGGUGAACAUUAGGAAGGACUCUCUGCGUUUGGUCAGGUAUAAAGAUGACUCUGACACUCUGGUGGAGGACGGUGGGAAACCAAAGGUCCAGUAUGGUGUGGAGUUCACCUUUGAUGCUGAUGCUCGGGUGGCCAUCACCCUCUACUGCCAGGCAUUUGAGGAAUUCUCCAAUGGGAUGGCAGUGUACAGUCCAAAGGAUCCGUCGAUGGCUUCUGAAACUGUGCAUUACAAGCGGGGGGUGAGCCAGCAGUUCUCCAUGCCGUCUUUUAAAAUAGAUUUCAGCGAGUGGAAAGAGGAAGAUCUGAACUUUGACCUCGACCGAGGAGUGUUUCCCAUGGUAAUCCAAGCCGUGGUUGAUGAAGGGGAUGAUUGCCUUGGACAUGCUCAUGUGCUUUUGGCAGCAUUUGAAAGACAUGUUGAUGGUAGUUUCUCAGUGAAACCCCUGAAGCAGAAGCAAAUUGUGGAUCGUGUAAGCUACCUCUUACAGGAGAUCUAUGGGAUUGAGAACAAAAAUAACCAAGAAACUAAGCCAUCUGAUGACGAGAACAGUGACAACAGCAAUGAGUGUGUCGUCUGCUUGUCUGACUUGCGGGACACGCUCAUUCUGCCCUGCAGACAUCUGUGUCUCUGCAACUCCUGUGCAGACACUCUGCGGUACCAGGCCAACAACUGCCCCAUCUGCAGGCUGCCCUUCAGAGCCUUGCUUCAGAUCAGAGCUGUGAGGAAAAAGCCUGGAGCUCUUUCUCCAGUGUCCUUUAGUCCAGUUCUGGCUCAGACUAUGGACCAUGAUGAGCACUCAAGCUCAGACUCGGUUCCUCCUGGCUUUGAGCCCAUUUCACUGUUAGAGGCUCUGAAUGGUUUGCGCUCAGUGUCUCCUGCCAUCCCAUCUGCCCCCCUCUAUGAUGAAAUCAACUUCUCAGGGGGUCUGGGAGGGGACAACAGACAGUUAAGCUCUCCGGAGCAUUUAAGUGAUGGAAGUCUGCAGAAAGGCAAAGUCAGCAAGUCACCUGACAGCACCCUUAGAUCGCCAUCAUCUCCCAUCCAGGAGGAGGAUGAAGAGAAGCUGUCAGAAAUGUCAGACGCUCAGCCACACACUCUUCUGUCCAGCAGCCCCGCCCCCACAGAUGCCACAGCAACUGAGGACGUGGCAGAAUCCCUGUCUCCAGAUGAUGAGGACAGGAUGCAUUCUGGAGGAGACAUCCUGCAGGACUGCAUCAGUGAACACAGCAGCUUGACCAAAACAGAGAGUGACCCACCAGGUGAUCUGUCUUUGCCAGCUCUAGGUCCUGAUUCCUGCUCUAUUGGUAUGGAAGAAUAACUGUGGGUCAUCAGAAAGCCUGAAAAGUCAGAGCACAAAUUGCUCCAGCCAGCCUCUCCUGUGUCCUACAAGCAGCCUUCAUAUGGAAGACGAACACCUCAUCCACUAACUCUGCUAGAGCUUUUUCCUCUCAUCUUUGCUUCACAAAGAUCAUCCAGGCCCUUCAUUCCUUUCACCCCCACAGCCCGGCCUUCUGCUUGUGUGAUCAGAGCCGACAACGGUCCCGAAAGGAAGUUGACAAGAGUGAGGGAGGACUCUGUUUAUUCCAUCGGUGUCUCUUUGCAUAAAAGAAAUUGAACUGCCCCAAGGAUGAUUUCAGUGGCUUGACUGAUGUUUGAAAAACACCCCCCCAGAUUUCAUUAACUCUCGAAUGGUGUUAUUUUGUGUGUCCCUGCCAGAGUUGUGGUUUAGUACUGUUUAUUCCAGAGAUAUUUCACUACCUGUCACGGUGGUGCUUUUAAGCACACUUACUUUAAAUUAACGCUGUAUCAAAGUUUUGAAUACAGAUUGUGUUUGAAAGUGAGCGAAAUACUUUAAUGACUUGCUUUGUUCCUGUCAGGCUGGUUUAUGAGCAGAAUUUUUAAUUACUUGUGUAUCUGUGUCCAUUUGAGCAAAAUCAUUUCUAAUUCAUUCCUUACAACAAAAGUAUGUAAUGAGAUAUGUCUAAGUUGUCUCCUGUCUACCCUAUGGUUGGUCAUUUUAAAUUAUAGAAUAUCUAUGUAUUGCUACUAGAAUCCUGUGUAGUUGCUUUUAAAAUUGUACAUUUCUGUAUUAUCUAUAUACAAAAAUACUGAUAUUGAAAUAAUGGAACUAGAUUCAGUUAACAUGCACAAUAUUUAAGACUGAUAAUCAAGAAGAGCUACAGAUUUACAUCCUAACAGCUGAACUCAAAGAUAAAGCCUGCUACAAGCAUAGAUGCUGCACCUACAUGUUUGCUGGUUUAGUGUGGCACAGUAAGGGUGCUUCUUGUAGGUGUGGCAGAUCUCUACAGUCUUUUUUUUUUUUUUUGUGGCAAUGCCAGUGUCCGCUUCUGUGAUGUAGCUGCAAAAAAAAACAAAGGGGGAGGGGGGGGUCACGUGUUUGUGGGGCUGCAGCGACUGUACUUACCUUGGUCGUGUACGUGUAGCACACUGCAUAUAGAUCUAUGUGCCUUGAAUUAUUAUGGCUGCCUGCUUGUUGCAAUGGACAUUAGUGUUCUUAAAAAUGCCGCCGUAUACAACAGUUUCAGCCUGUAGACGGGAGUUUUUGAUGCUGAUGUACAGAGCCUUUUUUUUUCUAUUGCAAACUUCAUACUACUGGGAAAAUGUAUCUUGUUAUUGAGCAAUAUUCAGUUGAGCUAUUCAUUUACUAUGUUCUGGCCAUGUAUUGAUUAUGCAUUCAAUAUUUGUAUUUAGGUUCAAGUGGGUUCUCCUUGUAACAGUUGUGUUCUUGAAAGGAAGGUAUCUGAUGCAGACUUUGCAUCUUACUAAUCGGGCUCGCAUUUGCAUGUGAAUUUGUAGAGGCUGAAACCUCUCAAUGCUUUUUUUUUUUUUUUUUUUUGGUAAUGUGGUUAUUUUGUCUUCAUCCCCUCCUCUUCUGUGCCAUUUCAACUUGACACUGUGCCUUCCUGUUCUGACCACUAUUGACCUGGUAUCCAGGAAAACUCCACACUAGGUGGUAUUUGGCUCUCUGUAAAAUCAAUACCUGUCUCUCCCCAUGCGUGUAUAGCAGCAUGUGUAUAACAAUAAAGAAAGAUUCAUUACUUCAA